AUGGCUCAAGCUCACGAGCUACCAUUCGCCAUUGCCAACAUUUUAAGUCCAAACUUUCCCCACCCUUCUCGUCUCAGUCAAACACCAGUUUCGAGGGUUUUGUACGUGAAGCCUUUAACGAAAGAAUCAUGGCAACAGGUCACUCAGUCCAGCUGCCAUCAGGAAAACAGAUAUAAUGAAGCACACAGCUGCUUUGAACAAGGUUUCAGACAUGCAUGCACAUUGUGCAAACACAACGUCUAUGUGAUCUCUGGCCAUGACACAAGAAAACAACCGGAACACAGUUUGCCUGAAGAGCUACAAACAGGUUAAGUACCAUUUUUGCUUAAAGGUCUUAAAGGAAUUUAAGAAAACAGGUCAAAACCAUUUUACCAACUACACUGUCGACUAGAAAGUUCGUAAAGCAAUCAUCGAACCCCGUAAUUUUCUUCUAGAUUAUAAUUCUUGAAUCAUUUAUUCAUCACGAAGUAAAUUUUAGUGCCUUUGUAACUGUGUGCACGUGUUUUCAAGAGAGAGAAGUGAGGGAAAGGAAAAGUCCACGUUUCCAAAUUUAACCUCAGUGAAUAGUGUUGCGCGUGGACCGUUGUGCUCAAGAAAUCCCCAGUCAAACAAAUCAUCUCACAGCGAUUCUUGUAAUGUUGAAUGUUUUUUUCCACCUUUAGAAAACAAAGUCCACGGUAGUAAGAAACCAGAAGAUUCUACACAGAAAAGCACAAGAGGGACAAUUACAAACGAAGAGAAAGACGCAAGGAAAAAGAAAAGAAUUCGAUCUCGCUUUACUCAGAGGCAAAUCAACUAUUUAGAGGAUGUAUUCUCCCGUCAAAUGUAUCUAACACGUGACGAACGCGCUCUGUUAUCAAAGAUCCUAUACAUGACUGAGCUUCAGAUAAGAAACUGGUUUCAGAAUAGGAGAUAUCAGUUCAGGAAUAAG